AUGUCGGGACGCGGUAUCAAACGUACUUCCGAUAAGGAGAAGAGGAUGGCGAAGGAUUUCGUUGCCAGUAUCCCGGACAAUAAGCUCGUCACAGGGGCCGCUGCUGGAAAGCAAAUGACUAUCGCCACGCAGGCUACCAAGGGUAAAAACGAGGGAUACCGUUUGGACAGGCAGGAGACGCCUUCGAAAGGGUCUGGAUACCAGAGCCAGCUCCAGAUUCAGAUUAACGGACCACCGAAGGGCGGGUCUAGCACAAUCGGCGGGGUGCGCAUUCCUGAGAACUAUGCUUCCCCGCCCAAGACCACUAAGGCCAAGUUGAAUCACUCGAUCAACACCGAAAAGUUUCAAGAUGUCCAUGUCCCCAAGAAACAGCCCAAGAAGAAGUGA